UUUAUCUGUAAUCGAUUGAUUAAUCUCAUAUCUUAAAACAUGUUUCAUACCACUUUUUUAUUUUUAAUUGCCUAAAAUAAUAAAGUUAUUGUCAAAAUGAGCACUCAGCGUGGUAAUGCAACGAGGACACGAUCUCAAAAGCAUAAAAAUCGAACAGUUUUCAAAAACGACCUGCACGACAAAACAAAUCUACAAAAGAAAAUAAAUUCUUUGCACGUCUCCGAGGUUUGUCAACAUUGCAAAGAUGUCAUAGAAUGGAAAAUUAAGUAUAAGAAGUAUAAACCCCUUACUCAACCAAAAAAGUGUACUCGUUGUGAGCAGAAGAAUAUUAUCAAAGCGUACCAUGUGCUUUGUCGACACUGUGCUCUAGAAACACAUGUAUGCGCUAAAUGUCUGAAGAGUGAAGAGCAAGUUGUCAUAGAACCACCACAGCCAACAAUGGAAGAACAAGUCAAAUUGAAAGUGGAAAUGGAACGACUUAUAAAAUCUUUACCAGAAAGGAAACGAAGGGCUUUCAUUCGGUACAUGGAUAAGGGUAAAAAGCAAGAAGAUUUAGAAGAGACGGGUUCUGGUGAAGGAAUUGAAAGUGACACGCAGCUUAGGAAACAAUUACAUGAUAAAAUAAAUUUACCGCAUACUAGAGAAGAAUUAAUUCAAAAGAUUGAGUUUCUCAAGUUAAGUAAUGAAGAUGAAUAUAUAAUAUCCGAUGCGGACCCCGAAAGCGGCGAUGAAAGUCCCAUAUAUGUAGUUCAAAAUUGAAUUCUUUGAACCUGAAUUGAAAAAAAUAUUUUAAGUGACUUAUGUUAUUUACACAGAGCUUAAAUAUAUUUAAAAUAUUUAAUAUUAAUGUAUAUUACGCAAGUAGAUAAUUAUUAAUAAAUAUUUAUUUUUAACACAGUUCAA